AUGGCCAGACUCCGCACAGAUUGCAUAGAGAGACCUCUAAGCAUCUGUUAUGAGAUGAUGGGUCAUUUUAUCGGUUCCCAUCCCUGGUGGUUCUUGAUCGCCCCAGUUAUUCUCUCGGCGAGUCUGGGGAGCGGUUUCUAUCUCCUGGAGGACAGAAUGUCAAACGAUAUCGAAGAGCAGUUCACACCUGUCGACGGACAAGCCAAGCUGGAGAGGAAAUACAUCCAAGAAACUUUUCCAAGAAACGAGUCCACGUUUUCACGUUUACGACUGAGCACGGAUGGGAAUUAUGCAACUCUCAUAGCUGCGAGUGAGAGGAAUAUUCUGACUGCGGAGUCACUCCAGCACAUCCUAGACUUGGACUUUAAAGUUAGGAGUAUGGUACUGCAUUUUGACAACCGGCUAUUUGAAUAUGCAGAUGUUUGUGCUGAGGUGAUGGGAUCCUGCACCUCUAAUGACAUUUUAGAUAUUAUUGAACACAGUGCCGACAAUAUAGAUACAGUCAAUUUGACAUAUCCGUGGUAUUACUCUGAUUUUAGGAAUAUUCCUUUGUAUUUAAGUCUGGGGAGCGUGAAAGUGUACGAGGAGAGCUCAGUUGUUGAAAGCGCUAAAGCCAUACAGGUCCAUUACUACUUACGUGAGGACAACAAAACAAAGACUGACCUUUGGUUGGAAAGCUUCAUUGAUUUGGUCUCAAACAAAUCAUCAACUUCCAUUCAGGUGUCAUACUCCACCUCCAUGUCAAUGCAGUGGGAAUUUAGAAAGUCUCCAGCAUCCGUCAUCUAUUUAUUCUCCAUCACCUAUGCCACUGCCAUCACAUUUUCAAUCAUUUCAUGUUGGAGGUUGGAUAACGUGAGGACGAAGGUGUGGGUGGCCUCCUGUGGGGUGCUCUCCACGGGUCUGGCAGUCCUGAGCGGUUUUGGUGCCCUGUUGUUGCUGGAUCAAACUUUUGUCAUGACAGUGGCCUCCUGUCCUUUCAUGAUACUAGGUAUUGGACUGGAUGAUAUGUUCAUCAUGAUCUCGUGCUGGCAGAGGACCAGCGUUCUGGACAGCGUCCCCGACCGGCUGGCCGACACCUACAAGGACGCUGCCGUCUCCAUCUCCAUCACCACCGUGACCGACGCUCUGGCUCUCUUUCUGGGCUACAGCUCGCCCUUUGGUUCAGUCCGGUCCUUCUGCCUCUACUCUGGGGUUUCUAUCUGCUUCUGCUAUCUGUACAGCAUCACAUUCCUGGGGGCGUGUAUGGCUUUGAACGGACAGAGAGAGGCUGAGAACAAGCACUGGUUCACCUGUGCCAAAAUCCCAGAAGAUUUACCAUCCAGGAGUUCAAAAGCCUUCAGUAUGUGCUGUGUUGGGGGGAGCUACGAUAGAAUCACUGAGAAAGAGGAAACAGAGCCCUUGAGUCUCAUGUUUGAGCGGUUCUAUGGCCCAUUUCUGACCCACAAAUUGACAAAGGCGUGUGUUUUUGUCUUUUACGCAGGCUAUUUAGCUGUUAGUAUCUAUGGUUGUUUAAUCUUAAAGGAGGGACUUGACAUCAGGAAUCUGGCUUUGGAUGAUUCCUACAUCGUCGAUUACUACAACAAUCAAAGGCAACACUUCUCUGAAUAUAGCUACAACACGAUGGUAGCAGUGAAGCAUCCCUUCCGGUACUGGGAUGAAGAUGAACAGAAGCAUCUGCGUUCCUGCAUUUCAAAUUUUGAGAGUUUAAACUUUGUGAAUGGGACUUUUGCUUGGUUUCUUUCCUUUCUACAGUACGCAAAUGCAACCAAUCUCAACAUAGGUUCUCAAGAGGCUUUCCAAACACAUCUGCCACAUUUCUUAGACCUCAAUUCCAUGUUCAAACAAGACAUCAACUUCACUGCAGACAAUAAGAUUCAGGCCUCUCGCUUUUUUAUCCAGACGCUGAACAACACAACAACGAAGGACUUGAUGAUUGGACUCAGGGAAACAGCAGAGGAGUGUCCAGUAGAGCUCCUGGUGUACCACCCUGCUUUCAUCUACUUUGACCAGUAUACUGUCAUUAAGGACAACACCAUUCAAACUAUCCUGGUGGCUGUGAUUGUGAUGCUGGUUGUCUCGCUUAUCCUGAUACCCAAUCCUCUUUGUUCCCUGUGGGUGGCUUUUGCAGUUUGUUCAGUCAUUGUUGGCGUGACGGGCUUCAUGGCGCUGUGGGGUGUAAACCUGGACUCCAUCUCUAUGAUCAACCUGGUCAUGUGCAUUGGUUUUUCUGUGGACUUCUCAGCACAUAUUUCUUACUCUUUUGUCUCCAGCUCCAAGAGUGACGUCAACGAGAAAGCCGUGGACGCUUUGGCCCAUUUAGGCUAUCCGAUACUACAAGGAGCACUGUCCACUAUUUUAGGUGUGGUGGUGCUGUCCAUGUCUGGGAGUUACAUCUUUAGGACGUUCUUCAAGAUUGUGUUUCUCGUGAUUACAUUUGGGCUGCUCCACGGCUUAGUGUUCAUUCCAGUGUUUCUGACUCUGGUUGGGGCCUGUGGGAAGUGCCGUUGA